ACUAUGUAUUUCCGAAAGGGGAAAGAAUGGGUUGCUGGUUUCAGUUGUUCAGACUAUAGAUUUCUGAGAGGAGGAAGAUGGGUUGUUGGUUUCAGGAGAUUUAGGGCACUCUUCAAUAAGGGAGAAGGACGGCGAGAGAAGGACUGGAGGGAGAAGAAUCGAUUGACUCACCCAUCCACUUCUCAUUCACACACAGAGAGAGACAGAGGAGGGGAGAGAACUGGUGUUGUGUGAGUGCUCCUUCCAUUUACGAUUAUGAAGUUUCUUCUCUUGGAACUCUUAGUUGUUCCUGUCACUUCUUCUAGUGCUGCUCCGGCUCCUGCUCCAUCGCCAUGGAAGAAAGAUAAAGGAGGGGAGAGAACUCAAACCAGACACAGUGACUGUGCGAGUCACUAUCAUUUAGGGUUCGUGGGUCUACGCGAGUGCUCUAUUGGGAUCAAUAAACCUUAUAUCGUUCAUCUUCUUUGGGUUGGUUGUUCAUCUGAGAGAAUCGAACGAAUCCCAUUCCCAUGUUUGUUCGUGGGUCUACAUGAGUGCUCUGUUGGGAUCAACAAACCAUACCAUCGGUCACCUUCUUCACAUAACUUGAGGUGCAUAAUUUCGGUGGAUCCUCUCCAAUUGGACAUUAUACGAAGGAUCUCAGAAAACAGAGCAAUGCAUGGUGAGAACAACCGACCUUUUAGGGCAUGGACAUAUUCUAGUAUGUCUGAAAAUUUGGAGAGUGAAUAUGAAUCUACUGAUAGUGGAGAUGUUAGAGGGCAAGCCAUGGUUAGUAAUGUUGUAGAUGAUUCAGUAUUGUCAAUUGGAGCAUCCAUUGAUAAAGAUAUAUCAAGUACGAACAUUGUUCUAUAUGAUCAAUCCAAUCACGUUUCAAAGUUGAUCUGGAAGGGUGAGAAGAGACAUGUGCUACUGAGUAAUGAGCAUAGUCGAAUCUCCACUAAGUGGAAGUUGAGUAAAGUGCUAAAGUGGUUAGUUGAGAUUGUUGGAUUCAAGUACUUACGCCUUAUAGGGGAUUUCCAAAUGGAUCGGUGUCUAUUGACAGCAUUAGUGGAUAGGUGGCGAAAUGAAACUAAUACAUUUCACAUGCCACGAUUUGAGAUGACUAUAAAUUUGGAAGAUGUGGCAUAUAUUUUGGGUCUUAGAGUAAUCAGGAAGGCUGUUACUAGGAAAAUGUACAAGGAGCCUGAGGAUAUACUAGGCAUGGUACUUGGACAACAUCCCUCAGAUCCUACCAACACGAAGGCUCUACGGAGUGGUUGUGUGAAGCUAACAUGGUUGAGGAACCAAUUUUCCCAGCUGCAAAGCAAUGCUUCUAAAAUAGAUGUUAUUUGUGCUACUCGGGCAUAUUUGUUGCAUCUUCUUGGAACUACCAUAUUUGCUAACACAUCCGGAAAUAUGGUUAGCGUUUCAUAUCUACCGUUGCUUGCUGAUUUCGUUGAAUGUGUAGAAUAUGCAUGGGGCGUUGCUACUAUAGCUUUCUUGGAUAGGGCAUUGAUGCGUGCCUCAAGGAAGAACACUGCUAAUAUUGGAGGUUCAAUGACCCUAUUUACAGUAUGGGCUUAUGAGCACCUAGGGGUUGGUAGACCAGAUGUUGUUCGCCUAUGUAGGCCUUUCCCCCGAGCUGUUAGAUGGAAAUGCCGGCGCAGAACUGACAACAUUCAUAAUUGCUAUAGACCGUAUCGGCAAGAGCUUGAUCAACUUAAGGAAUGCGAGGUCAAUUGGCAACCAUAUGCAACACUUGCGAGUGCUCCUCUUGUUGGUCUUAUAGGAUCAUAUAUAGGUUUGGCUCGCACAUGGCUAAUUCAUUUCAAUGUGGUUGAGAUGCAUCUCCCACAUCGAUGUUUGCGUCAAUUUGGACUAGAACAAAAUGUGCCUCAAAGUGUCGCUAGAUGGCAGCGUCACACGGUGGCUAGGCUAGGCAUAGAUUAUGAGGAUUUAUUUCAAUGAGAGGUGAGUGAGUGGACAUACUUCAAUGACUCCUUUGAAAUAGUUAAUGCUCCCCCAGAGUCGAACCCAGGAAUUACACAAUCAGAUUACCUUAAGUGGUAUCUAAGGGUCAGCCAUGUUAGGAUUCAUCCUCCUCAUGAAGUUGACAACCAACGCCCCAAUGAGUAUAGGUUGAAAGGUUAUGGAGAUAGUGAAGCAUUGGACUUGGUAGGUUAACAAUUUUGAAUGAAUUAAAGAGUUGUUCAUUGCCUUUAGCGAAUUGUCUUAGAACACUGAAUUGUUCAAUAUUUCAUAUUUGUCUAUUAAUAUUUUUUUCAUCAUCAGCAUCGUCUUAUCCAUCGGGUCAGCUCCAACCUCUAUUGGAGCCACUUUUAAUUGAUGAUGUAGGUGUGCAGAUCCACGAGUUGGUAGACAUGUUAGCCAAGGAAGGUUAUGAUGAUUCAUGUCCUAAUACAUAAGUGAAACACAUUGACAAUCCUCUGCCCACAACGAUCGAAGGUAUUUCUUCAACAACUGAAUUUGAAAAGUACAAUGGAUCUGAUGAAUCAGUCUCAAAUAGUGACAGUAGUACAUAUUCCACUCGUAGUCCACAAGCACAUCCACAAUCAAUGGAUGAGAAUGUGGCAGUGUCUGUAGGCAAUGAUCAUUGCUUUCAACAUUCUAUUGUCCCCACUCACAUUACAUCUGGUGCGGUUUCCAGUUCAGCUUUUGUGGAUACUACUAACCACAUUGAGAUUAGGAACAUAGAAUCAGAUACUAGUCAAAUUAGGCAUGUUUAGAUUAGUGUGUCCUCUAGAGGUUCGUUGUCGAACUCAGUUGUGGAAUGUCAAAAUACAACAUUGCUUGUCCCUACGUUGGAACAACAAAUUAUUUAUCCAUUGGGAGUGGGUUCACCUGAUAUGGACAAAUCCGUACAACAAACAGUCUCUAUAGGGGCCAUGACAGAUGUGAUAAAACAUUCGAUGGGCACACGAAAUGUGGCAAAGAAACUUGUUGUACGUAAGAAGGCAUGGUGGAGAUACUAGUUUACCAUGAUGGUUUUAUUUUUUUGUGAAUGACUACAAGGUGGUGUUUUUUGUUUUGGAUUGACCUAAGAUGGCCAGUGAAAAAAUGUUGCAUCAUUUAGUGGUUGUAAAAAAAUGUGGUAUGGUAAACAAGGUAGUGUCUUUUAUUUUGGUUAUUUUUAUAUUAUGAUUCAUAAUGCCAACUGUUAUAACAUGUCAAACUAGACAAAUUUGAAACCUAGUUCUUUUUUUUUUUAUUGUAUGUCUGGUGGUUUUAGAAACUAUGACUCUGUCAUUUGUAUAUCACGAAGGGUGAUGACUUAUUAUUUUAAUAUCUCAUGUUUAUUGAAACUACAUUACAUCAUAAUUCUUCAAACUAUCUCUGGCUAGAUAGUUAAAUCCUUUGGAAAAAUAUAUAUAUCUGGUGCUUAAGGGGGUGUUUGGUUUGGUAAAUCCUCAGGAUGACAUUCUUUAGCAUGAUAAUUCUUAAUUUUUUGAGUUGUUUGGUUCCACUAUGAUGACUCUCAUAAGAGAGGCACCUACUUCCAAUGAAUGACUAUAUUACAAAGGUGGAGGGAAACUUUUAGUUUAUGUCAACACUAAAACUCAGAUUUGAGCAACCAUCUUCACCCUUACUAUAAAAGGGGAAAGUGGGAAGAUGUUCUCUAUGGAGGCCACUAGACCCAUGCUAAUGUGAAGAAACUGCUCUGGUUCGAUACCCUCUCACACUGAGAGUCCACCGCCGGUGACUGGUAAGCUCUCUCUUUCUCUCUCUCACUCACACACACUUUCUCGUUUUCUCUGCCUACCGCUCUCUAUUUUGAUUUCAUGGAGUUGUAUGGUUAGGUUUUUAAAACCAAAAUCUACUGCUCUCUCUCUCUCUCUCUCUCUCUCUCUCUCUCUCUCUCUCUCUCUCUCUCUCUCUCUCUCUCUCUC